GUACUUUGCUCUGUUCGACCUUUUUAGUAAACACAGUUUUUCCACCUGAAAAACUCAGUAGGACGAGAAAGAAGCAUUUUUUUCUGGCAAUCCUCAAGGGCUUAUAACAAUUUUUGAAGCAUUUCACAUUGAGGAUGGCAAACCGAUCAGCUGUGAAAUUGAACUCCGGUCAACCAGAUUUUGUGCAGUUUAACAAUCUUGCGUGUGAAACAGCAGGAGGAAAGGUGAUUUUUGCGACAGAUGAGUGGUUUGCUCCUGCUCGAAAUCUCUUGAAGAAGGAGCCUGCAGAGUUCCUUGCCUCAGCUUUCACUGAGUUUGGGAAAUGGAUGGACGGUUGGGAAACAAGAAGGAAAAGAAUACCAGGUCAUGACUGGUGCAUUGUGCAGUUGGGAGUUCCUGGUGUCAUUCAUGGCUUUGAUGUGGACACGUCGUUCUUCACAGGAAACUAUGCGCCUUCCAUUUCUAUUCAGGCUGCCUGUCUCGAUGGACUGUCUGUGCCGUCUUUAGUUCUUGAGGGAGACCGUACAGGUAUGGCUGCUUCAGAGAGCCAGUUUGAAGCUGUGGCACAGCUUCACUCAGAGAGCUGGGACGAGAUUGUACCAGUGACAAUGCUGAAGCCUGGAUACUCUGAUUCCUGUCACAACUUCUUCAGUGUUACCUUCCCCCAUCGAGUCACCCACAUCCGCUUGAACAUGUAUCCUGAUGGAGGUAUUGCGAGAUUGCGAGUGUAUGGGGUUGGACAAAGAGACUGGUCCAGUGCACUCAGUCAGGAGGAAAUAGAUCUUGUCGCACUGGUCAAUGGCGGAGUGUGUGUGGGCUACAGCGAUGCGCAUUUCGGUCACCCACGCAACAUGAUCAGCUUGGGAAGAGCUGACAACAUGGCCGAUGGGUGGGAGACAGCGCGACGCCUGGAUCGUCCCAAAGUGUUGAAAAUAGACAAGAAGGGGAUCUUGCAGGUCCCUGGAUUUGAGUGGGCCGUCUUCAGACUUGGGCAUCCUGGUGUGAUAAGCAAAAUUGAGAUAGACACCAAUCAUUUUAAAGGUAAUUUUCCUGACUGGUGUAAAAUUGAGGCCUGUAGUUUAACCCCAGAGGAGGAGCAAACCUAUACAAGGCACAAGUGGAGCAGUGACAAAGGUCCCGCUUGGAAAAUGCUUCUUCUUCCUCAGAAACUGAAGCCUCACUACAGGCACUUGUACUCUGGAGAGUGUGUGCUGCAGUGUGGGUGUGUAAGUCAUGUGAGGCUCGUAAUUGCUCCUGAUGGAGGGGUCAGCCGGCUCAGACUCUGGGGUCACAUCAUCUCCAACACCUCAACUAAUCCUCAUCAAAUCUCAAAACUCUGACCCAUAAAACUACAGCAGAGUGGUCUGAUUGCACAGAACCACUUAGGUGACAUGGUGGUUAUUUUUUAAUAAGAGGUUUUUAUGAUGAACCUAUUAAAAACCACAAGUUAGGUUUCUCAAGAUCUGUUCUGUGGCUUAUAGCAAUUCUUGUAUAAUAAAAUGAGUGAGACAGAGAAAUAAAUUGAAUUAGACCACUGUGACCAUAGGGACCUAAGCAUGGAGAUGACAUAAUAUUACACUCGUUCCUGCCUAAUAGUUAACUGGAGGUAAUUGAGUAUUCGUUUCCUGCAGCAUAUUAAGACAUGGGCUCAAGUUACACAAUUUGUGGACAUGGCACAAUAAUGUGUGGCCAUUAAAUACUUAGUUUGUGGCUUUGAAAUAUGAACUUUUUAGCAGCUUAUUAAAAAAUGGCACCUCCGUGGAAUAUUAGGAACAUUUUUCUGCCAGUGUUACAUCAAGGCAGCUGGAUUUGUGUUAUGAAAUCCGUCAAAGUUCAGAAGCUUCAAAUUUUUUGAGUCUUCAAGAUUAUAACUCCAGGUCCAGUUGUCUUGACUUACUACUAAUAGACAUUCAGAAAUGCCCUAGAUAAUUACACAUUUUAAGCUGCAUUAUAAGCACUUUUGACUGAUAAGUAAGAAAAUAAUUAGCUUAAUUGUAUUUACAGAUUGACUGUACAAUAAUUACAAUAUGAAAUUAAAGGAAAUAAAUACUGCCUAAAAACCAAA